UUUCCAUCGUUCUUCCCGUCUAAAAUUCCCAAUCUCCUCUCUAUCAAAUCUCUCUUCAUUCCAAUUCAGAAAAAUGGAGUUUGAAUCGAACAUCAUUGCUGAAGAAAGCAACAACAAUCACGGAUGGCAAAAGGUAACUUACCCUAAGAAGCAGAGGAAGAAUCCGGCGAAGCAGCAGCAGCAGCCGGCGAAGGUACUUUCUAACGGAUCUUCCGUUUCUGUUGUUGAUAAUGUAUUCACAUCUAUUGAGAAGAAAUCAGAGGAGCGUAGGAAGGUUAUUGAAGCUGAGAGAUUAGCGAAUUUGGCGAUUUACGAUCCUGCCCCUCCGGCUAGAUCGUCAAAGAAGAAUAACUACUCUGAUUAUGAGGAUAGCGAUGAAGAGGUUGUUGCCAAUGGGGUUGGUAAUGGUGUCACUGAGGAGAAGAAGACGAAGCCAAAGAAGGUAAAGAAACCUAAGGUUACGGUUCCGGAAGCGGCGGCGAAGAUCGAUGCAGCUGACUUGGCUAAUUUUCUGUCCGAUGUAUCGGCUUCAUUUGAGACGCAACAUGAGAUACAGUUGAUGAGGUUUGCUGAUUACUUUGGACGAGCAUUUUCUAGUGUCAGUGCUUCACAGUUUCCUUGGGUGAAGUUAUUGAGAGAGUCUGCUGUCGCAAAGGUUGCAGAUAAUCCAGUGACACAUAUCCCUGAAGCUGUUUACAAGACAUCAGUUGACUGGAUCAGUAACCGAUCUCCGGAAGCCCUUGGUUCUUUUGUUCUAUGGUCCUUAGACAGCAUACUCGCUGACUUUGCAAGCCAACAGGGCAAUGCAAAGGGAUCAAAGAAAGGUACCCAAAAGAUAUCCUCGAAAUCUCAGGUUGGUAUUUUUGUAGCAUUAGCAAUGGUGUUGCGAAGGAAACCUGAUGUGUUGAUUAGUGCAUUGCCAACUCUAAGGGAAACUUCCAAGUAUCAGGGACAAGAUAAGCUUCCAAUUAUUGUGUGGAUCGUAGCACAGGCGUCGCAUGGAGAUCUCUCUGUUGGUUUGUACUGUUGGUCCCAUUUAGUAUUACCCAUAGUUGGGGGUAAAUCAGGCUCUAAUCCUCAGACCAGGGAUCUAAUUUUGCAGUUAGUGGAAAGAAUUCUAUCUGCCCCAAAGGCUCGCACUAUUUUAGUAAAUGGCGCUGUGCGGAAGGGAGAGCGUUUAAUGCCACCAUCAGCACUUGACCUGCUAUUGAGAGUAACCUUCCCUUCAUCUUCAGCUCGAGUUAAGGCAACUGAAAGGUUUGAAGCUGUAUAUCCUACACUCAAGGAGGUGGCUCUUGCUGGUUCCCCUGGAAGUAAAGCCAUGAAACAAGUUUCUCAACAAAUCAUGACCGUUUCUUUGAAAGCUUCAGGAGAAGGAACCCCUGAGCUAUCCUAUGAGGCAGCUGGUAUUUUUAUCUGGUGCUUAACACAAAAUCCUGAUUCUUAUAAGCAAUGGGAGAAGGUCUACACGGAUAAUCUAGAAGCAAGCGUUGUGAUUCUGAGAAGGCUUGCCGAACAGUGGAAGGAGUUAUCUGUAAAACAGUCUUCUCUUGAAGCUCUGGCUGGAACUCUCAGGAGCUUUAAGAGCAUGAAUGAGAAUGCUUUGACAGAGGGAGAGAAAUCUGUUGGUCAGCAAGCGCUGUACAGGGAAGCAGACAAGUACUGUAAGGUGUUACUGGGAAGACUAUCACGUGGGUGGGGAUGCGUCAAAGGUAUGGCCCUGGUUAUCAUUGCCAUUGGUAUGGGGAUCGCUUUCAUCCCUCCAACCGCCUUGGAGUCCUUGGACUUGACCAAGUUAACCGAAAUGUUCAACCUCCAGCAAUCAGCUUAAGAAAACAGUGGUUCGAAUCUCUAACAUGCGGCUAGUUGACCUACAUACACAAGGUCAAAUUUGCCCUUGGUAAAAGGAAAGAGAGAAUGAGGUAUUUCUAUUUAAGGUUUCCCCCCUCUUCUAGAACGAUGUUCCAACUAAAAGUAGAUGCAGUUCAAGCCGGUUUUUAAGCGAUUUUGUUUCUUUCUUUUCAUUUCUGUUCAUUUUCGAAUCUGUUUUUUUUUCUUCCUUUUGGGUUGAGGCGGAUGUUCCCUUUCAGGUUUAUCUUUGUAGUUUCAAGUUGUUCAGCUUUAAUACCUUGAAUUCUCCAAAAGUUUGAUGUUGUGUUUGAUCCUGAAUGAGAUGUAUUUUAUGUCCUUAACAUAGGAUCAUAA